CUCUUACCAUAAAACCCCUUUUCUUUCUUAAUAUGGCUGAGCAUCAUCAGAGACGAAGUGACAGAUUAAUAAGGAAAGAAAUCAGCUUAUAGAGAGGGAGAAUUGAAAAAAUGGUGAGAGGGAAGACACAGAUGAAUCGUAUAGAGAACGCGACAAGCAGACAAGUAACAUUCUCAAAGAGACGAAAUGGACUCUUAAAGAAAGCUUUUGAGCUCUCAGUUCUUUGUGAUGCUGAGAUUGCUCUCAUCAUCUUCUCCCCAAGAGGCAAACUCUAUGAAUUUGCAAGCUCCAGUAUGCAGGCAACAAUUGAACGGUACCGCAAUCAUAACCGAGAUGCUCAAACAUGCACCAGAUUCUGUGAACAAAAUAUGCAGCAUCUAAAGCAAGAAACAGAGACUAUGAUGAAGAAGAUUGAGCAGCUUGAAAUUUCAAAACGGAAACUCUUGGGAGAAGAUUUCGGCUCAUGCUCAAUAAAAGAACUAGAAGAUAUAGAGCAGCAGUUGGAAAGAAGUGUCAAAAACAUUCGUGAGAGGAAGAUUCAAGUUUUCAAAGAACAAGUGGAGCAACUAAAAGAAAAGGGAAAAGCCCUAGCAGCAGAAAAUGCAAGGCUCGCUGAAAAGCAUGAUACCCUGGAAAAGCAAGCCAGGAAUAAGAAUCAUGGUGAGAAGCCAGCUUCCUUAGAAAAUAGUCCAACUUCAGAAGUAGAAACUGCCUUGUUCAUUGGAUUACCAGAAACGAGAGGCAUUGCUCUUCCUCAAUAUGUGGUCUGAUUGAAGAUUAUAACAAAAUCAAGGUUUAUGCCCUAAUCUGCAAAUAUGAAAUAAGGGAGACCCCAACUGUUUCAGUAAUAAUGUGUAUAUGUAUUAUUUAAGAUGCCUUGCUGUUUCAUUGAAAUCAAUAAUGAUGGUCUAUGUAGAUAUACAAGACAUCUAUUAAAACUAUUGUAUUUGUUAACUACUGAUUAACUACUAAAAGAUGGCAUUUAAGAUUAAUGCCAUCUUUUAGUUUUAGGGUUUAUCUGUUUGCAUUUGUUAAUCAGUAGAAACCGAUUGUGCCGAUAUAAUUUUUUUAAUUUAAAUGAGU